CUUUUGUUUCACCCUCAAAGUGGCCACUAUCAGUUUCAACCAAACUACACAACGAAAUGCGCAAUCCAGUGGGAGCCAUAAUUCAUGGCUAUUCCUCUUUGAAGAUUCGGCCAACACUACGGCGAAUUCGUGCCUGUCCCCAUCCGUGGUCAACCCUCUUUUUUCUUAUUUGGCCCUUUCCGUGGCGCUAUUCUUUACCAUAUCCACUUCUAUCAGUGGAAGAGAUUGAAAAGUACCCUAAUAUUCACGAGGAACGCCAACCUGGAAUUCGAGAACUCUACAACAUCCCAAUCUACCGCAUCCGUGAUACGCCGCUCCGCUCGUUGUAUCGACUUGUUGAAGAUCUCUGUGCCUCCGACUUCAUUAUGAUGGGCUACGAGUGCACAUACUUUUUUUUCCAUCGCGAGCCUCGCUGGUCAUUGGCUUGCAUUCCAGACCCUCGGGACAAAGAUCCCAUCCGGUAUGCUAUCCUUGCAAGCAUGGUGGAAGCACUGGUGGAUGCGUUCAAUUGGAGACUAGAACACGGAAUUCGCCGGGAUAACACAACGGAUAAAUCCGAACAACGGAGUUCCAAUUUCAUGAGAGAAGAGGCCCCGUCAUGGACUUCAAAGAUUGGCCCUGUCGCAAAGCCCCUAGCUUUUCGUGAGGCUGGCUCCAGUGACAUGACGAUGGAGCGACAUUUCCUGAAGAGAAACAUCAGAGUGCCGAAUGGAUAUUUGUACACAGCAUAGUACUAAAGAUUCAUGCCGCGACAGUGGAUGAUUCGGGUAUCCGCUUAAUUUAUUGGCGAGAGCUAUGACUCCAAAGUAACAAGCCGGGAGAUUGGGCAUGAGAACCGUGUCGCACGUCGAUGGUACCGGGGGCUGUUCGUAUUAGGUUGGAAGGUUGGAUCAAUUUAGAAACAGGGUUGACCGAGGUUUGGUGUUAGGCCAUGGCCAAUAAGAGAGCAUGUCCUCAUAAGAAUUCUCUCAAAUUGGAUUCUAUGUGCGGUCGGGUUUCCUCUACCUCUUCAGAUUUUGAUGCUUGUUCUCUUAUCAGCAAACUGUUGUCAGGUGCAACCCAAUGUAUCUUCGCAGGUUGCGAAAUUACCACAGCCUAACAGCUAUACUUCAGGCUCUGAAAGCAACCAAGCAAAAAGAUCAACUUUCUUUAUACGGGCUCCUGGAUCCAUGGCAGCGUUUCCAACAAUGCCGAACAGCCAUCACUAAGGAACCGCGUAUCCCGUUUAUGACUGCAUAUUUGAACUACCUAGCCUACCUAGAAGAAAACCAACGGCAAUUCGAAGCAUCUUUAGAGCAAGAAAAA